AUGCUGCGCUCUGCUCUGAGUGUGAUUCUGUUCUCGGUACUCCUGCUCGGAAGCAAUGUCGCUUUAUCGGUGCCAGUGGUAACAACAGAGGGCGGCCUGGCACUGGAAGCGUUUGGCUACACUAACGGUGUGGUGCGACUGACUGCUAAGCCGGAGAAGAGCUGGACGUACCAGCCGGAUGGCAUUAUCCUACCUGCGGCUGCGCCUCUACUGGCCAUUAAAGGAGUUAAUGGCGCGCAAUGGAGUAUCCCACACGGGGACUGCAUGCUGACAGUAAGCAUAGUGACUCCGCAUGUGCGCUUCGAGUUCUCGUGUCACGGGAACUCCCUUAUCGAAGCAACCGCGUUCUCCAACGCGACGGCGGCGCCAGAGGUCAACUUUACGUUCCCGGUUGCACAGACGAUGUACGGCCUGGCUGAGCACGCGGCAGACUUGCCCCUGCAAGGCGGGCAGGUGUACGAGAUGUACAACACAGACAGCUUCCACUACCCUGUGAACAGUACAGUGGCACUCUACGGUGCGAUCCCCUUUAUUAUGGCGUAUGGCCCGCAGUCGACGUGCGGGGUUCUCUUUCUGAAUCCGUCAGAGACAAAUGUGGAGGUCAGCGCCGACAGCGCUGCACCGUCGUGCCGGUGGCAGCCCGAGGUUGGUGCGAUCGACAUCUUUUUCAUGCCAGGUCCCACUCCUGCAAAUGUACAGCAGCAGCACGCGACUCUCACCGGACCGACAGUGAUGCCACCCUACUUCAGUCUGGGACUGCACCAGUCCCGGUGGAACUACAUGAGCACGAAGGACUGCCUCUCCGUGGACGAGGGCUACGAUGCACACAACAUGCCGUACGACACGCUGUGGCUCGACAUUGAACACACCGACAAGAAGAAGUACUUUACUUGGAACCCCUACACCUUCCCUGACCCAAAGGUACUGACCGAUGCGCUUGCCUCCAAAGGUCGAAAGUUGGUCACGGUUAAGGAUCCGCAUGUUAAGCGCGACAGCGGAUACAGCAUUCACCAGGAGGCCAAGGAGGGCCAGUACUAUGUCAAGGACGCCUCUGGGAUGGACUACGAGGGCGACUGCUGGCCAGGGAGAAGCUCGUGGCCCGACUUCCUCAACACACGCACACGUGACUGGUAUUCACAACUCUUCUACGACGACCACUACCCAGGCGGCAGUCGCGAUAUCCACACCUGGGUGGACAUGAACGAGCCAUCAGUGUUCCAUGGCGAGAAGGCCACCAUGGCGAAGACGGCGGUGCACACGCUGGACAAUGGUCAGGCCGUUGAGCACCGGUUUGUGCACAACGCGUACAGCUUCUACUCGGUCCUUGCCGUUCACAAGGGAAUGAUGGAGGCCAGGGGCUCCAACGAGGCCCCAGAGCGCCCUUUUAUCCUCACACGCAGCUUCUUUCCUGGGUCGCAGCGGUAUGCGGCGAUGUGGACGGGCGACAACAUGGCCCGCUGGGACCACCUGGAGAACAGCAUUCCCGAGCUGCUCUCUUUGUCCAUCUCAAACUACCCAUUCUGCGGCAGCGACGUUGGCGGGUUCUUCUUCGACACGGAGGAGGAGUUGUUUGUGCGGUGGAUGCAGGCCGGCGUUUUCGUGCCAUUUUACCGCACUCACUCCCACUUGGAAACGCAGCGCCGCGAGCCAUGGACGUUCUCUGUGGAGGCCCAGUCUCUUGUGCGUAACGCACUGGCGCUCCGGUACGCCUUGGUGCCGUACCUCUAUACCUCCUUCUACCACGCGCACACCGAGGGCAACACCAUCAUGCGACCUCUCUUCUACGAGUUCCCGGGGCAGCCGGAGUUGCGUGAGGUGCAGAGCGCUUACCUCUUCGGCCCUUCCAUCUUAGUGCAGCCUGUAGUGAAACCGAACGUUACGGAGGUGACGGUGCCGCUGCCCAAGGAAACCCUCUGGUACAACUACUUCUCGGGCGAGUUGGCAGUCGGGCAGCACACAAUGUCCGUGGACAAAGGUACUAUGCCGAUGUUCCUGCGGGGCGGCCACAUUGUCCCGUUGAAGUUGCGGCUGCGUCGCAGCACCUUCGCCGCGCGCCUGGACCCUUUUACGAUCUUCGUGGCUCUCAACGCGCAGGGCAACAGCUACGGCGACCUCUAUAUCGACGACGGUGUAACCUACGAUUAUGAAAACGGCGCCUUUGUGCACCGUGCCUUUUCCUACUCGAAUCAGGUGCUCCAGAGCAGCGCCUACCAUGACUCUCCCGGGGACACAGUGCUCUUUCACGCUACCAACGCUGUCGAGCGCAUUGUGAUUUACGGCUACGUUGGCAGGGCCAGCAAGGUGGUAUUGAGCACGCGCGUCGACCAGACCGAGGUGGUGACACCACUCGAAUUUGAGCAGGUGGGGCAGACCGUAGUUCUGCGUAAGCCCAACGUUCUGGUGGUGGCCGACUGGUUCAUUUCUUUUGAAAAUGAGUAA